AUGGAAAUACCAUCUCGACAGCUUAUACCGACGCUAAUGCCGGAAUGGACUCCGUCAUCCCAUCAGUCUUACAAAACUGCAGAUGAUUCUGCUAGCCCUCCGAUAACACCCACAAGCCAGGUGUCUUCAUUUGAUUCCUCGUUGUCCCAAAUGAAACCCACAUAUAGUACAAUCAUAGAAGAAAAUAUAGACACGAUCCUAGAUAGGAUUCGACCAUUUGUGAAAAAAAUAACUGCUAGUGAACAAAAUAAAAAAACUAUAAACCAAUAUACGUUAGGAGCCUCAGCAGGAAGUGGACAGUUUGGACAUGUUCGAAAAGCAUACAGCUCUACGUUGAAUAAGGUUGUCGCUAUUAAGAUUAUACCGAAAAAACCAUGGAAUGCCCAGCAAUAUUCAAUGAAUCAGGUGAUGAGGCAGAUACAGCUUUGGAAAAGCAAAGGAAAGAUAACUACAAAUAUGAGCGGCAAUGAGGCAAUGAGGCUCAUGAACAUCGAAAAAUGUCGAUGGGAAAUAUAUGCGGUUUCAAGGCUUCGAGAUAGUGUACAUGUUGUGCGACUGAUAGAAUGCUUAGAUUCUCCUUUUAGUGAAUCAAUUUGGAUAGUCAGUGAUUGGUGCAACCUUGGUGAACUCCAGUGGAAGCGUGACAAUUAUGGAGAUAUUUUACCGCAGUGGCAGAGACUUGUACCUUCUAAGUGUAGUGUUUCUACAUUUUCAGAAAAGAUCUUACAAGAUAUGACGAAAGGGUUGCAAUACCUGCAUUCUCAAGGCUGCAUUCAUCGAGAUAUUAAACCAUCUAAUAUAUUAUUAGAUGGAAUUGAAAACGUUGCAAAGAUUUCUGACUUUGGGUGCUGUAUCUUCACUCCUCAAUUAUUACCAUUCAAGAGUGCCAAUUUUGAAGAAUGUUUUCAAAGGGAACUAAAUAAAAUAGUUGGUACUCCCGCAUUUAUUGCACCAGAGUUAUGCCAUUUAGGCAAUUCCAAGAGAGACUUUGUGACCGAUGGAUUUAAGUUGGAUAUUUGGUCAUUGGGGGUAACUUUGUACUGUUUAUUAUACAACGAGCUGCCUUUUUCUGGGGACAAUGAAUUUGACACUUAUCACAAAAUCAUGGAAGCACCGUUAAGUUUAAAAGUAAACGGCAGCACUCUAAAUGAUUUAAUCAUCAAAAGGCUUUUAGAAAAAGAUGCUACUUUACGUAUAGGCAUUCAGGACUUGGCAAAAAUAAUACUGCCUGACCCAAUGGAUCAACCUGAACAUCCUAAAGAUAUUGAUCAGGAUAUUUUAUCCAAAAUUAAACCAACAAGGAGCGAGGGCCCUGUCAGAAGAUUUUUCGGUAAACUAAUAACAAAGAAGAGCAAUAAAAAGACAUUAGAAAAUGUGAAAGACAAUUCUUUCGGAUCUGCAAAUAGCAAAGCAACGGCUCCAGUAUAUAUUGAUGCAGAUUCACAGGAAGAAGCAUUCUCCAGUACAGUUCUCAGGUCUUCGCCUAACUCGAGUGACUAUUGCUCUUCGUUGGAGGAGGAAGCGGUUCAAGUUACAGACUUUUUAGAUACCUUUUGCGAUUCAAAAGGAAGCGCAAAUAUUUUGCAUGUGAAGAAUGACAAGCGAAAUACUGAGAUGAAGGUAGAAAAAAGUGAUUCGUCUUCUCACUCUUCAUUUAAGGUUCCGACCCCGAUCAAGGCCUUAAUAAGACUGAAGAACUCUCCCGUUGAGAAUCGGAACAAGAGUUAUGAUAACCGUUUCUCAGAUGGACUAACUUCCCCCUCAAAAAAAAGUGCUAAGGAAAAGCAUAGGGUUUAUAACCCAGAGCCCAAAAAGCUGGCACAUUCAGGAAAUAUCAUUAAUUUCAAAGCAUAUAUAAAUUCCGCUGAUAAAGAUCGUCAAGAGACGGUGGAAGACGUGAGAACAUACCUGAAUUUCGCUGAUAAUGGACAAGCGUAG